AUGUACUGGAGGUUCCCAACUGCUGUCGUCUACGAUGAAGACCCCGCCGUAAGAUUCCCCGCAGUCACGCUGUGUUUUCCUGAAGGGUACAAUCGCACCAGGCUGGUCGGUGAACAUGACCUGGACCCGGAUGCGGAAACUAGCGAAGAUCUACUGAAAUCGAAAGAAGAUGUGUUGAAAGUGCUUAUCAACUACUCCUACAGGCCCGAUGAACUCAUCCUCGAUUGUUUAAUGAAAACAACAUCCGACUUGUGCAGUGAUUUCUCGUGCAAGGAACUGUGGAAUAUAAGAUACACCUACACUUUGCACACUUCAUGCUACACCGUGGAUCUGACAUCAACCAAUGGCUCUCGGAUAAACCCUUUUCAAGACUGUGUCGAGCCGUGGAAAUACACGAUGCAGGUGAAAACGAGAACGAGUCCCCGUUCGGAGAACGACCAGACGGCUGCAGUCAUGGCCCUGAUACACGAACCGGGCACCUUUUCGGGAGGUCUCCCCAAGACGGUGAUGAUGAGCGGCAACAAGCAAUACAUUAUCGCUACAGUUCAGUCCGACACAGUAACUCUACCUUCUCCGUACGAGACUGCGUGCACCGACUACACGAUACAAGUGAACUCCACCGUGGUAAAAAGCGCCAAGACGCAAGAAAUGGAGUGUGAAGAGUCAUGUAUUCAAAGCAUAUGGCGCGACCUCUGCCAUUGCAUCAGUUCCACUUACAUGAUGCGACAUACGUCGGACGUUCAUGUGUGCACGACGGUGGAACGUUUCAAAUGCCGGGAAGACAUCGUCAAGUCAGAGAGGAUGCGCACAUGUCGAACAACAUGUGGCCGAUCAUGCGAGUCCACAAUAUACAAAGCACGUGCUUUCGUCAACAAUUUCGAACGGAGAACGUCGGGCAUUAUUGAAUUCUCUCUCCGUCAUGGAGUCUACAAGCGACAUAUCGUCCGUUCACAUCCUAUGCUAUCUUGUGUAACCUGCGUCACCUGCACUGAAAGACUGCUUGCGCGGACCCAGCACUUCACUUUUCAUGCAGGGAGACACCCUUUUUUCAUACCUGGAAGGUCACAUUGGGAUGUGGCUGGGAUUCACCCUCUUUUCUUUGGUGGAGGUCCUCUCCGGCGCGUACGGGCGAAUCAAAAAUUCACGAAGCAAGCCCACCAGCGAAAAAGCAAGCAAACGAAAAAACCCUGCAAAGGUUGGAGGCCAAAGGGAGCAAUGGCUGGAGGAGCUGCAGCCGUUCGCACCGCAAGAGCACCGUAGGAGCCUUCGUCAAUGACCAUCAACGGUGACCGCGAAUACUAAGCGUCAACGAAGGCGCAUAAUUAUCUAUGGUUCCCUGAGGAAUUUCGUCGUAGCAGAUUGUAGUGUAAAAAAAUUAAUGAAAUAAAGUCGUGCUGUAUACAAAGAA